AUGUUCUUCUGUCUGCCGGAGCGAAAGAAGGCCACCUGGAGGCAUCCUCUGUCGCGUCAGUGGCACCUGCUGGACUAUGUCCUCGUCCGGAGGCGAGAUCAGCGGGACGUGCUGGUGACGAAGGCGAUCGCGGGUACGGACGGGUGGACCGACCAUCGCCUCGUCAUCUCGAAGAUGCGUAUUCGCCUACAGCCUCGCAGGAGACCACAAGGUAAACGACCCCCAGGUAAGCUGAAUAUUGCCUUGUUGUCUUUGCCCGCUCACCAUCUCCAUUUCAGCAAUGAGCUAACUCAACGGCUAGACAACCUUCAUAUCGCUGCGGCCGCUGCCGUGAACGCCUCCGUGGAGAACCGCUGGUGUCAACUGCGAGAAAUGGCCCAGUCGACGACGCUAGCCGUCCUCGGUCGCGCACGCCGCCAACACCAGGACUGGUUUGACGACAACGACGCCACCAUCAGUAAUCUGCUCGCCGACAACAACCGCCUACACAAAGCCUACGUAGACGACCCCACUGACGACAAUAAAACUGCUUUCUACCGCAGUCGCCGCCACCUUCAGCAACGACUGCGCGAGUUGCAGAACGCCUGGACUUCUUGCAAAGCUGAGGAGAUCCAAGGCUGCGCGGAUCGCAACGAAUGGAAGAACUUCUCGGCGAUUAAAGCGGUCUGCGGUCCGCCGACAAAGGGCACUGCUCCUCUCUUCAGCGCCGACGGCAGUACCCUCCUGACUGAGAAGUCACAAAUUCUACAGAGAUGGGGCGAACAUUUCCUAGGCGACCUUAACCGCCCCUCCGCCAUCUCCGACGCCGCCAUCGCCCGUUUGCCUCGAGUGGAAACCAACGUGAACCUCGACCUCCCGCCAUCUCUCCAGGAAACCAUCAGGACCGUGCAACAGCUCUCCAGCUGGAAAGCAGCCGGAUGGGACGCAAUCCCUGCUGAGGUCUACAAGCACGGAAAUCCCCAACUAAUGGAUCACCUGACUGCGUUCUUCCAGGAGAUGUGGUGUCAAGCUGAAGUCCCGCAAGAUUUCAAAGACGUAACCAUCGUGCAUCUCUACAAGCAAAAAGGGAACCGCAAAGUCUGCGACAAUCACCGCGGCAUCUCCUUGUUUAAAAUCGCCUGGAAGAUCCUCCCUCGCAUCCUCCUCAACCGUCUCAAUAACCAUCUGGAACAGGGCCUUCUGACGGAAAGCCAGUGCGGCUUUCGUCGGCAUCGUGGGACCACGGAUAUGAUCUUCGUCGCCCGUCAACUUCAGGAGAAGUGCCGGAAGAUACGGACCCACCUGUACUCUACCUUCGUGAACCUGACGAAAGCCUUUGACACGAUGAAUCGUGAAGGACUGUGGAAGAUCAUGCAGAAAUUCGGCUGUCCGGAGCGAUUCAUCCGGAUGGUGCGUAAGCUGCACGACGGUAUGAUGGCGCGAGUUACGGACAACAGAGCUGCCUCAGAGGCAUUCGCAGUGACCAAAGGAGUGAAGCAGGGAUGCGUGCUGGCGCGUAACCUCUUCAGCCUUAUGUUCUCUGCCAUGCUGAUGGACGCCUACCAUGAUGAACGCCCCGGGAUCCGCAUCGUCUACAGGACGGACGGUCACCUUCUGAAUCAACGACGGAUGCACUUCCAAUCGCGCGUAUCCACAACCACCGUUCACGAACUUCCCUUCGCCGACGACUGCGCCCUGAAUACCACCUCGGAAGAGGAGAUGCGACGGAGCAUGGACCUCUUCUCUUCCGCCUACGAGAACUUCGGUCUGGUCAUCAGCACGCAGAAGACGGUGUUCAUGCAUCAACUGCCACCCAACACAGCCAAUCCUCCCAACGCGCCGCAAAUCAGUAUAAACGGAACCCAUCUACAAAUGGUGGAGAACUUCCCGUACCUGGGCAGUACCCUCUCCUGCAACACCAAAAUCGAUGACGAAGUCGCCAACAGGAUCUCGAAAGCCAGUCCAGCCGUCGGCCGCCUCCAAAGCACAGUUUGA